GAAUGUUCUGAUUUUGAUGAAUGUCUUGAUUUGGCCAAUGCCUGCACACCCAACUCCAUCUGCAUCAACACCAUUGGAUCAUAUCGAUGCGGUCAGUGCAAGGUUGGAUAUGUUGGAAAUCAGACAGCUGGAUGUUUCCCUCGGAAAUCGUGCGCUUCGCUCAGUUUCAACCCCUGUGACGGUAACGCUCACUGCGUCAUUCAGCGGAACGGCGACGUCACCUGCGCUUGUAAUGUCGGAUGGGCUGGUAACGGUCACACCUGUGGGAAGGACACGGAUAUUGAUGGUUAUCCGGAUCGCUCCUUGCCCUGCAUGGACAACGACAAGCACUGCAAACAGGACAACUGCGUCUUCACGCCCAACUCUGGUCAGGAAGAUGCAGAUAAUGAUGGGAUUGGAGACCAGUGUGAUGAGGAUGCAGAUGGAGACGGAAUAAAGAACGUAGAG